AAAUAAAUAAAUAAAAAUAAAAUAAAAAUUAAAUUAAAUUUAAAAAAGAAUUUUAUGUAAUUAAUUUUUCACUUACAGUUUGUUGACACAGGUCUUAGUUGUUAAGGCAUGCCCUUACAGAUAUAUCUUAAUUAUCUUUUGUGUCUUUAUGUGUGAAGUCAUUUGAACACAUUAACUCCCAAACUUGUUUCCUCACCUCUUAAAAAUGGAUAUCAUUUCUCCUGGGAUUGUUAGGAGAAUUCAUAUAUGUGAAAGCAUUUUGAAAGAACAAAACAUUAUGUAUAUAUUAGAAUUAUGUCUGCAUUUGUUAUUCACUUUGCCUAUUAUAGUUCUUUUCAAAUCACCAAAUAUUACGUCAUGUGCUUUUUAAAGUCCUCAGGCAUUUCAUUGUUAUUAUAGAUGCGUAAAAUGAAAUUUGAAGAAAUCUAAAAAUGAGUUGUAACCUAUAAGUAAAGCAUAAAAGUAUUUUAGUUGAAAAUAUUUCUUAAUACAGGUGAUGACCUUUUCUAAAUCAACUAUAUAUAUAUAUAUGCAUAUAUAUAUACAUAUAUAUGCAUAUAUGUAUAUGAACAGAUAUUCAUUUUUCACAGUUAUUUUCAAUUUGUAUUAGAAAGCUAAACAAUGCAGGAGUAAAGUGUAGAGGUGUGGAGCCAGACUACCUGGGCUCAUACCCUGGUUCUAACCACUUACUAGUCAUGCAACCUGAGGGAACUACUUAAUCUCUCUGUGCUUCUAUAAAGUACAAUAACAAUAUUUCUUCCUCUUAGAGUUGUGAGAAUUAAAUGGCACGGUGGGUAUUAAUCACAAGGCAGAUGGCUAGAACAUACCAAGUACCCAAUGAAUGUCAGCUUUUUUUUUUUUUUCUUUACUGUAGUUCUUCUCUGGAAGUUUCUAAUCAGUUCCCUGCUCCAGUACAGCCCUUACUUCCUAGUACCUAAAGGAUUUCUUAAAUAUCCAGACCAUCAAGAAUCUUACUAUCUGUAUUUUACCUUCCAGACAAUUCUGUAUCUGCUCUGAUUUUGUGGUUCUAGAUCACAGUUCUCAAUUAGCUGGAAGAUCUUGAAGUCCAUUGUUAACAAGAUGUCUAUCUUGGUGGCCUUGGUAAUGCCUUCCUGCACACAUCUCAGAUCAUCCUCCCAGUGUUCCCACAACACUGACCUUCAGUCUGAACCCAGAAGGAACAAGCCAAGCUCCUUCCAGCCUUGGAGCCGGGCUUUACUUCCUCCGUCUACAGCUGCUGUUGUUCCCUUUCAUCUUCCCAAGGCACACUCCUCACGUCAUUCAGAGCCCAGUAAACUUCCCCCAGCACAGUAAUGGGACUAAAGUAGUCACACAGAUGCUAAGUAUCAUGUCACCCGUUUUAUUGGUCUGCACUUCCUGAUGAGCAUCAUGGUUAUCUUGUUAAAUUGGUUCUAUCUCCCCAUCAUGAGAUACAUGUUCCAGAAAGGCAGUGGCCAGAUCUGACUGACUUACACCAGUAUUCUCAGCACUUUGUAUAGUCUCACCUACUAACUGUGGAGUACACAGGUACUGAAUGAAAAAAAUGAAUUGUCAAUAAAAUGGCAGAGCUUUUUUUUAUGUACAUAAUUUCUUUCCCACAUUUUUCUAUUUGUCAAAAUCACACUUAGCCCUUUUCCAUGAAGCUCUUGUAAGCCUCACAAGGAAAAAUAUUAAUCUCUCCCUCUUAUGUGCUCCUAUAAUAUGCACCUUAGAUGCAUACUAUAAUAAUGUGCUCCUGAGAUGCAAAGGCCUUUGUGAGAUAUGACUUUGUAAAGAGGAACUACUUAUAUGUUUGGCCCAUGUUGGGCUCUACAAAUUGAUGAUCAUUUUCUGAGAGGGUCCACCUAAUACAGCAAGAAGGAGAUUCUUUUGUUUGGAUUUUUUUAAACGAUGAGUUGAGAAUUACCAUUCAUAUUUUGGAAAAAGAAUUGCAUGAGGUUAUAUAUGUAAUAAGCAUAUUUGUAUAUUUAAAACUAUAAAAAUAUAAAAUAUGUAGUUUUUUUAAACAUUCAAUUACUUUUACCAAAAAACUGGGGAAGUCUUUAAUACAUGUAACAAAUACAAUAUUUCUUCUGAAGUUUAGAUUUGCUUUUGACAAUUUACUUAUCAUCAUUUGUUUAUCCACCUUAGUGUUCCACACAGUUCUGCUUUAGAAUAGUCUCUUCUUUGUCUAGAGAUUUUCUGAUGCAAAUUGUAAGCAUACUUCAUCUCCACCUGCUCUUGGCUAUAGCUCAAGUGCACAGUAUUGAUUCAUUUGCUUGACAAAACAAAGCUGAUAGUUAUAGGAUACGUAGUGGGAAUAAAGGGAUCAGCAAAGCAGUCCCUGCUGUUAAGGAGAAUGUAUUAAGGUAUGUUGGGAGAAAAAGAUAGAAAAUCAAGGAAUACAAUGGAAGUUUUAAAUGUCUAGAGAAUCUAUUUGCUAAGAGAAGUAUGAGAGUCCAGCAGCAGGGAAUGGAAAUGAAAAAUCUUCCUGAACCUGCCAUUACUGGGAGUAUGGAGGGUCUGGAAAUUCUUGCAAGAAUAGGGGAUGCUUGAAAUUCAGGUGGUGAAAACCAAGUUGAUGAAGUUGAGUUGGGGAUAACCAAGUUGAACAAUUAUAUUCCUGUAGCCACUGUUAUUGAACAGAGGUGCGUAAUGUUGGAGCUCCCAGUACAUUUUCUACAAAAUACUUAACUUCUAUGUUUCCCAGAUUCUUGGUCUCUUUAUCUGUUUGCUGUGUGAAUAUUGUGACCAUUAUUUUCCUCUGACAUUUGUUGAGAAGAUUUUAGUGGUUUCUGAUCUUUGGCAGGAUGAGAAUGAUUUCCAAAGAAUCCACCCUGAAAACAGAACCCCAGUGUGUGAAAAUUGUUGACACUGCUUUCUAUAUUACACACUUAAAGGUCUCUUUAGGCUGUAACAGGUUACAGAUUUAAUAAGUACUCCAUGACUACUGCAUGGCACCUCACAGCCACUUCUUUUUAUGUGUGUCCUUAGAACAGCACUGACUCGUAUACAGAUACUUCUUUUAAGGAAGGACUACAUCAUAUCUUCUUAAACUUCACUAGCUCAUUGCCAAAUAUAUAUUAAAGUCUCAGUAAUACUCUUUGAAUGCAUAAAUGUUUUAUUUUACCAAUGCCAAUUUAAUGAUGUUUACUUUAUGACAAAUAUUAAUUGGUUUCCAUACAUCAGGAUACUCAAUAAUAUUGACAUGUCAUGUUUAAGUUAGGGGAUGUUUCUUCACCAUUAUUAACACAAGCAAGGGUUCUUCCCUUUGCUUUAAGGGAUCUAGCAUGAACUUUACAUCUUUUGUCUCACACAAUAAUUUGUUAAUGCUCGAUCUCCUUUGAAUUGUGGAAAUUAAAAAAAAAAAGGAGUGAUGGGGAAGAAUGGAAAUAACCUAAAUAACAUUGGAAAAUGAUGUUUUGUCUAGCUAUUACAAGGCUCAGACACAAAGAAUCAUGCAAAAACUCUGUGCUCUGGUUGGUAAUAUUUUUCUCACAGGGGUAUGGUCUAGUAUACUGACACUAUUUUAUGUGUGGACUGAGGUUCAAUGAAUAAGUUAAUAUUUUGUAGAAAUAUUGAGCCAGGUUUCUUUUUUUAAUAUUUAUUGUUUAUUUUGAGAGAGAAAACAUGUGAGAUCAUGACCUGGGAAGGGAGAAAAAGAGGGGGGAGAAAGAUCCCAAGCAGGCCCCAUGCUGUCAGCACAGAGCCCUUCGCAGGGCUCAAUCCCACGAACUGUGAGAUCAUGACCUGAGUCAAUAUCAAGAGUGUGACGCUUAACAGACUGAGCCACCCAGGAGCCCUGAGAGCCAGGUUUCUUAUUGUCAGAAAAAGAAGUUAAAAUAAGUAAAGGGAAAGACCAGAAUGAACCUCACUGAUACCCUAGGAACGGCAUUCACACCUAGCAUCCAGAGAGUAAUGUUUAAACACCACGCUCCAGUAAAAGGAUCUGGGGCACUUUUGAAAAAUGGUAUAUCCAGGAUUGGGACAAGAAAAAUACAAAUGAGCCUGGAGCAUUGUGUCAUGUCAGAAAGUAAGGAAGUGUUCAACAAAUGAAUAAGUUAAAACAGUAAAGGCAUGUCAAGAGAACACAGGUGCCUGACAGAACUUCCCAUGGUCAAAGCUAAAACAGUUUGAGCAACAAGAGAAAUAGGCAAUAGUAUUAUAACUCAAAAAUAAAAUAAAUAUCCACAAAUCCAUGACAAUAUAAAUAAAUAAUUGAAUGAAUGAAUAAAAAAGGGUAGAAAGGAUAAACUUUCCUUAAAGUAGAAUUCCAAGUAGUAAAUAUGGAAGGAAUGAGAGAAAUAGAAAAUCACCAUUAGAGUGCCAUACUCAUAAUUGCCACAGGCAGAAUCUGCAGAUGGAUGCUGAAAUAAAUCAGUAGGCAAGACUUCAAGGGGGAAAAGGAUAUUUUCAUUACCUCAAAGUAUCUCCCCAAGAUAUUAUUAAUUGUCAUAGUGGUUUUAACAUAUGUCCAAAAACUCUUUAAUAAUCCUCCCGGCAGGUGAAGCUUAAUUCCCUUCACCUUGAACAUGAGUCGGACUAUUGAUUCACUUCUAUCAAAUAGAAGAGUGUAGAAAGUUGGCAGCCAUGACCUCAUGGAGUGAUCAAGGUUAACAUUGUUAGUAAUAAGUCGUGUUCACAUUGUGCAGUGACACCAUGAGAUGGCCACAUCACUUCUGUGGCAUCUUUUCCCCAUGUUCUGUAAUAUCAGUUUAAUCGUGAGGAAAAGCAGACAAACUCAAAUUGAGGGACAUUCUACAAAACACCUGACCAGUAAUCUUCAAAAGUGUCAAGGUCAUGAAAGUCGAGGAAAAAUGGAGAGACUGAUACAGAUGGGAUUAGGGAGACAUGGUGACUAAGUGCAGUGUACGAGAUGGAUCCCAGAAGAAAAUAAGAUAUGAGAGGGGGAAAAAAGGUAAAAUCAUAAUCGAGUCUGUCAACAAGUUAACAGUAUUUUGCCAACAUCAAUUUCUUAUUUUUGGUAGAAGAUCAUGCUCAUGUAAGACAUUAACAUUGGAGGAACUCUCUGUACCGUCUUUGCAAUUCCUGUAAAUCUAAAAUUAUUUCAAAAUUAAAAAGAAAAUAGUGGGAGUGUUUUAAAUCCAGUUCCUAGCAUAGAUUAGGCAUUCAAUAGCUUUUUAAAUGAAUUAAUUAAUGUACUUUAUAAUAAAAAAUUACAUUGCCAUAGAAUUAUCUUCUUUGAUUUAUAUGUCAUUCCAGAACUCCAUCUAGCCAAAUUACUUCCUCUAAGUAUACGUGGGGUUUUUAUGAUUCCAUCCUUGCACUGUUUCCAUCUUCCAAAAAUGAACUUUUUUGUCCCGUACCUGACACAUUUUUUAUCCUUCAAAAUGUAGUCCAAAUAUUACCUUUCUGGGGUGCCUCACUGGCUCAGUCAUUUAAGUGUCCGUCUCUUGAUUUCGCUUCAGGUCAUUAUCUACCUCUCUCUCUUCCCCUCCCCUGCCCUCUCUCUCACUCUCCCUCUCUCUCUCUCUCUCUCAAACUAAAUAAAUAAACUUAAAAAAAUCACAAAUAUUGCCUUUAUAUGAUGCUUUCCAAGUAUCUGUAAGUCUUUCUAAAUAUAUUUUUGCACUCAUCGUAUUAUACCUGAUAAUUUAUGUAGCUUUCUCAUCAUCUAAAAAUAUGAGCUUCCUAAAAGGAAGAACCAUAUUUUCAUAUGUACAUGUGUAUUUUUUAAUUUUAAUUUUGGUUUAGUGACCACACAGUGUUAUAUUAGUUUCAGGUGUACAAUAUAGUGAUUCAAUAAUUCCAUACAUUACUCAGUCCUCUUCAUGGUAAGUGCACUCUUAAUUCUCUUCAUCUGUUUCACCCAUCCCCCCACCUACCUUCUGGUAACCAUCAGUUUGUUCUCUAUAGUUUCUCUCUACCUUUGUUCAUUUGUUUUGCUUCUUAAAUUACACAUUUGAGUGAAAUCAUAUGGUAUUUGUCUUUCUCAUAUUUUACUUAACAUUAUACUCUGUAGCUCCAUUGAUAUUGUUACAAAUGGCAAGAUUUCAUUCUUUUAUUAUUGAGUAAUAUGAGUAAUAUUCCAGGGUGUGUGUGUGUCUGUGUGUCUGUGUGUUACUAUUCUUUAUCCGUUUGUCUAUCAGUGGACAUUCGGGCUGCUUUUAUAAUUUGGCUGUUGUAAAUAACGCUAUAAUAAACACAGGGGUGCAUAUGUCUUGUUGAAUUAGUGUUUUCAUAUUCUUUGGGUAAAUAGCCAGUAGUGGAAUUAUUGGAUCAUAUGGUAAUUCUAUUUUUAACUUUUUCAGGGACCUCCAUACUGUUUUUAACAGUGACUGCACCACUUUGCAUUCCCACCAACAGUGCACAAGUGUUCCUUUUUCUUCACAUCCUUGUCAACACUUGUUUUUUGUGAUUUUGAUUUUGGCCAUUCUGGGAGAUGUGAGGUGAUAACUGUGGUUAUUUGCAUUUCCCUGAUGAUCAAUGAUGUUGAGCAUUUUUCAUAUGUCUAUUGGCCAUAUGGAUGUCUUCUUUGGAAACAUAUCUGUUCAUGUCUUCUGCCCAUUAAAAAAAUUAUUUUUAAUGUUUAUUUACUUUUGAGAGGUAGGGAGGAAGGGGCAGAGAGAGAGGGAGACACAGAAUAUAAAGCAGCCUCCAGGCUCUGAGCUGUCAGCACAGAGCCUGAGACACAGGGCUUGAACUCACAAAGAGUGCAAGAUAAUUACCUGAGCCAAAGUCAGAUGCUUAACCAACUGAGCCACCCAAGGACCCCUUCUGCCCAUUUUUAAUUGGAUUAUUUAUGGCAUUUUUUUGGUGUUGAGUUGAAUAAGUUCUUUAUAUAUUUUGGAUACUAGCCUCUUAUCAGAUAUGUUAUUUGCAAAUAUCUUCUUCCAUUCAGUCAUGUCUUUAUGUUUUUUAAUUCUCAGUUUAGUGCCCAAAGAUAGUAGAGGUUCAAUAAAGUUUCCAUGGAUGAAUAAAUGAGAGAAUAAAUAACUAAUUGUUCUAAGUAUCUGACUUUAUUAUUGUAUUCAAUAAUGGGAUAUAGGAAUAAAAGAUUCAUGUCUUCUUUUUCUUAACUUACCAGAGGCCAUAAUUAAGCCAUACUUUAAUUUUAUAAAUGUAAGUGAAUGUCUUAUAAAUCCAGUGUAAAGGAUCUGCACAACUAUGUUUCCCAGUUGUCGUUCAACUAGAGUGGAAUGAAGGAUGAUGUAGUGGAAUAUCUAUCUACUAUGAUCUUUUCAUUUAUUCUGGCUAUUUUGUGAACAAUUUUAUACUAUCUUUCAAGGUAGCUUACAUAGAUCUUCUGCUAAAGGGAGAACACCCAAUUUUUAAAAUAUUGCCAUUAUGGAGGUAUCUUCCUUAUCUAGUAAAAACAGUUUUAGAAAAAAUUUUGUUAUAUUCCGUAGUAACAAUAAAUAUGUUUACAUUUGGAGCAUAUUCCCUCCUUACAGCACAGAUAAGAUUUGGACUGACUUUAAGCUUAGACAAAUGUUCUUCCAAAUAUUUCCUGUCAAAAGAAAGAUGGUGAAAUGCUUGAUCAGUUGCAGUGUGUGAAAUCAAUUGCUUACUAUUGUAUAUAUGAUUUAUUAGUAGAUUACUCUUCAUAAAUUUGAAAUAUUGAAAAUUUUAUUUUCUUUAAAAGAUUUGACUGAUUUUUAGCUUAAAAAAUCAAGCCUUUAUAUAGAAGAGAAAUACUCUUCUUGUGGGACUAUUGAUUCAAAAUAUAGAUUUAUGAAAUUCAUAUUAAUUUAUGCCACAAAGUUUAAAGUAUCAAAUAUUGUAUCAUAACUUUCUCAUUUACACUGGUUCAUAAUAUGAAAAUUACUCUUAUUUGGUGUUCUGUUAGUUCCGUUUUUAUUAAAAAUUAAAUAAUUGGUAAAAAUUAAUUUGUUUACAAAUGUAUAUAUUUUAUCUUAACAGCUCUUAAACCCAUCUACCUAGCUAAGUAUGUUGCAUCUUGGAGAAUACCUCAAGUAAAAGUAAUUCAUUCAUAUCCUCAUUAAUUUUAUGAGACACAGUUAUUCUUUCCCAACCUUAUAAAACUGAAGCUGACAGGUAAAUAUUAAAUGCAUGGGAUGAUGGUAGAUUAUUAGAAAUUGGUUCUCUCGUAAACUCUGAACCUAGCUAAUCAAUAUCUCUCUACUAGUCUGAGAACUAAUUUUAUAAAAUUAAUAAAUAUUUCUUGCAUUAAAAAAUAAGACUAUAGACAGAUCAUUGCAUUUCUAUUAUGUAUCUCAUGGAAUAAAUGUGCCAUUUACCUUUGUCUUAAUUUAGGAAAAUUUAAGCUCAAUUUAAACAAAAAAAAAAAAGGACAAUUUUUUUUUCAUGAGCUCACAUCUAGCAAUUUUCCAGGUGAAAAUUCAGUGAAACUAAAUAUAAUCACCAUCAAUACCUGUGUAUCAGACGCUUUUUUACAUCGUACUAUACAUUUGUAUACUAACAACCCUGCAUGGGCGUCAUUCUCUGCCUCGACUGAUAGAGACUAAGUCUCUGGGAGAAGUGGCCAAUCUGAGAGUAAGUGACAGAAGGUUUCAGCGGCAGAGAGCUGUAACUGUAAUGUGUCCAACAUCUGGCUCAAAGUAAGAAAAGCAAAUAUUUAUAGAUAUUCCAAUUUCUGAUACUAUGUAGGCAAAAAUAUUUGAUUGAUGGAAAUAUUUUUCACUUCUCAUCUAAAUGUUCCACCAGUGCAUACAGAGAGCCUACAAAGUUUUUAAUAUCAUGACACUUUUGAAUUCUAAUUUGGAGUGGGAAAUGGAAAAUUCACAUCUAAAAUAUUUACCCCCCAUCUUCACUUUCAUGAGACAAGGAAAUAGCAUGGCAUGAAACAUGGCUCAGUUCUAUUACAAAAGAAAUGUGAAUGCCCCCUACAGAGAUCGCAUCCCUCUAAGGAUAGUCCGAGCGGAAUCCGAACUCUCACCAUCAGAGAAAGCCUACUUAAAUGCUGUGGAAAAGGGAGAUUAUGCAAGUGUCAAGAAAUCCCUGGAGGAAGCUGAAAUUUAUUUUAAAAUCAAUAUUAAUUGCAUUGAUCCUCUUGGAAGAACUGCUCUCCUCAUUGCAAUUGAAAAUGAGAACUUGGAGCUCAUCGAACUACUUUUAAGCUUUAAUGUCUAUGUUGGAGAUGCUCUAUUACACGCUAUUAGGAAAGAAGUUGUUGGAGCUGUUGAGCUGUUACUGAAUCACAAAAAGCCCAGUGGAGAAAAACAGGUGCCGCCCAUACUCCUUGAUAAGCAGUUCUCUGAAUUCACUCCAGACAUUACACCAAUCAUUUUGGCAGCCCAUACAAAUAAUUAUGAGAUAAUAAAGCUUUUAGUUCAGAAAGGAGUUUCGGUGCCCAGACCCCACGAGGUCCGCUGUAACUGUGUCGAAUGCGUCUCCAGUUCAGAUGUGGAUAGCCUCCGCCAUUCACGCUCAAGACUCAACAUCUACAAGGCCUUGGCCAGCCCCUCUCUCAUCGCACUGUCAAGUGAAGACCCUUUCCUCACAGCCUUUCAGUUAAGUUGGGAGCUUCAGGAACUGAGUAAGGUGGAGAACGAAUUCAAGUCAGAGUAUGAAGAGCUGUCCCGACAGUGCAAACAGUUCGCUAAGGACCUACUGGAUCAGACAAGGAGCUCCAGAGAACUGGAAAUCAUUCUUAAUUACAGAGAUGACAGUAGUCUCAUAGAAGAACAAAGCGGAAAUGAUCUCGCAAGACUAAAAUUGGCUAUAAAGUACCGGCAAAAAGAGUUUGUUGCUCAGCCCAACUGUCAACAACUGCUUGCAUCUCGCUGGUAUGAUGAGUUCCCGGGCUGGAGGAGACGACACUGGGCAGUGAAGAUGGUGACGUGUUUCAUAAUAGGACUCCUUUUUCCCGUCUUCUCUGUGUGCUAUCUUAUAGCUCCUAAAAGCCCACUGGGACUGUUCAUCAGAAAGCCCUUUAUCAAGUUCAUCUGCCAUACAGCGUCCUAUUUGACUUUUUUGUUCCUGCUGCUGCUUGCCUCUCAGCACAUCGACAGGUCAGACUUGAACAGGCAAGGUCCACCACCAACCAUCGUCGAGUGGAUGAUAUUACCGUGGGUCCUGGGUUUUAUAUGGGGAGAAAUUAAACAAAUGUGGGAUGGUGGACUUCAAGAUUACAUCCAUGAUUGGUGGAAUCUAAUGGAUUUUGUGAUGAAUUCCUUAUAUUUGGCAACAAUCUCUUUGAAAAUCGUUGCAUUUGUAAAGUACAGUGCUCUGAAUCCACGAGAAUCUUGGGACAUGUGGCAUCCCACUCUAGUGGCUGAAGCUUUAUUUGCCAUCGCAAACAUCUUCAGUUCCCUGCGCCUGAUCUCACUGUUUACUGCAAAUUCUCACCUGGGGCCUCUGCAAAUAUCUCUGGGAAGAAUGCUCCUGGACAUUUUGAAGUUCCUAUUCAUAUACUGCCUUGUGUUGCUAGCAUUUGCAAAUGGCCUAAAUCAAUUGUAUUUCUAUUAUGAAGAAACAAAAGGGUUAAGCUGUAAAGGCAUACGAUGUGAAAAGCAGAACAAUGCAUUUUCAACGUUAUUUGAGACACUCCAGUCCCUAUUUUGGUCAAUAUUUGGGCUCAUCAAUUUAUAUGUGACCAAUGUCAAAGCACAGCAUGAAUUCACGGAGUUUGUUGGUGCCACGAUGUUUGGGACAUACAAUGUCAUCUCUCUGGUGGUCCUACUCAACAUGUUAAUAGCUAUGAUGAAUAAUUCGUACCAACUCAUUGCUGACCAUGCAGAUAUAGAAUGGAAGUUUGCUCGAACAAAGCUUUGGAUGAGUUAUUUCGAAGAAGGAGGUACUCUGCCCACUCCCUUCAAUGUCAUCCCGAGCCCCAAGUCUCUCUGGUACCUGAUCAAAUGGAUAUGGACACACCUGUGCAAGAAAAAGAUGAGAAGAAAGCCUGAAAGUUUUGGAACAAUAGGGAGGCGAGCUGCUGAUAAUUUGAGAAGACAUCACCAGUAUCAAGAGGUUAUGCGGAACCUGGUGAAGAGGUAUGUUGCCGCAAUGAUCAGAGAUGCCAAAACUGAAGAAGGUCUGACUGAAGAGAACUUUAAGGAACUAAAGCAAGACAUUUCUAGUUUCCGCUUUGAAGUCCUGGGGUUACUAAGAGGAAGCAAGCUCUCAACCGUCCAGUCGGCUCAGGCCACAAAGGAGUCCUCCAACUCUGCGGACUCGGAUGAAAAGAGUGACAACGAAGGCAGUAGCAAAGACAAGAAAAAGAACUUCAGCCUUUUCGAUUUAACCACCCUGAUUCACCCGCGAUCGGCAGCGAUUGCCUCCGAAAGACACAACAUCAGCAAUGGCUCCGCCCUAGUGGUGCAAGAGCCCCCAAGAGAGAAGCAGAGAAAAGUGAACUUUGUGACCGAUAUCAAAAACUUUGGGUUAUUUCACAGACGGUCAAAACAAAACGCUGCUGAGCAAAAUGCAAACCAAAUCUUCUCUGUUUCAGAAGAAGUUGCUCGUCAGCAGGCCGAAAGACCACUGGAGAGGAAUAUUCAACUGGAAUCCCGAGGGUUAGCUUCGCGGGGUGACUUGAACAUCCCUGGUCUCAGUGAACAGUGUAUCUUAGUAGACCAUCGAGAAAGGAAUACGGACACCCUGGGUUUACAGGUGGGCAAGAGAGUGUGUUCCUUCAAGUCGGAGAAGGUGGUGGUGGAGGACACUGUUCCAAUAAUACCAAAGGAGAAGCACACAAAGGAAGAGGACUCCAGUAUAGACUACGAUGGAAACCUCACGGACACAGCCACCCACGAAGAUUAUGUGACCACAAGAUUGUGAUACUUGAAGGAGGGAGCGUUGAUCAUACAUAUACAUAUUUUCCAUAGUGCCCUGGGUAGGGGGAGAUGUUUAAAGUAUAUUAGCAAAUGCUAACUUCCACCUCAUAGCAUUUAUCAACUGUCGCAUAUUAACUUGUAACCUGUUUAAAUAAGGCAAAGGCUAUCAAAAACCCUGGUUUCAUAGCCAGCUUUUGCUUUCACAAUUUGUUUUACCUUUUUUUUUUUUUUGGUUAAUAAAUAAACGCACCUUGUAUUCUUGUACUAUUGCAAUAAUCCACAGGAAAUUUUUAGCUCUCUUUUUCAACUAAAACAAAUGCAACUUAUUUCAUGUGGUAGUUGACUCCUAUAGUAGGUAUUUUUAUAUGCAGAAAAACAAUGCAGCUGAAAUAUUAGAGCUUUUCAUAAUUUGGGGGGAUCUCUAGAGAUGGUUACACAUCAAGGACUUUUCGGGCAGCCCUACGAUUUGGCUUUAAAACACAAAUAUUACCGAAUUAUUUCUGAACAUGUAAAUACAGCACAGAUUAAAGCAAGCAAGCCUUCUUUUCAUGGAGUCGUGAUCAAACCCCCUCCUAAAAUGAAAAGCAGGUGUACUUUGGAGUUCUAGGAUGCCCACUUUUUCAUUUCAGUAAGUAAAAUAAAUGUUUGUCUUAA